GGACAAUUAAGGAGUGGAAAGGCAUCUAACUUGAAGCAGGAUGAGGCAGCGUAAGUAGUAGAGGCUGCUGGAGGGCACUCUGUUGCACGCAUGUUUCCUUGGAAGACUGUGUGGAGAGAUGGGCUGAUUGGUUGAGAAGUUUAUCUGGACUGAGCUAGUGGAGGGAAAGUCUUCUUCAAUAAGCUGGCCUGUGGUGUGUGUGUGUGUUAUGAGUGGGAGACAAUAUUGAGGCAAGUGUUUGGGGAGAUGGGAGGUAGAGCAGGUUCUGGAUGUUUCCUGGAGAAAAGCCAGCAAGGGAAUGUUGUACAGUGGCUUGUGACUCUUCCAGUGCUGAGUUCUCUCAGUGGUGGGAGCAGAGUUGCCAACACAUCUGUGAUUUGUCAUACUGGGCAGCACUGGUGAUGUGGAUUCUUGUUUGGGUGCUCGAGUAGAAGCAGAGAUGUUUUUAUUUUUUAAAAAAACCUCCCAAGGUGAGAUGUCAUUGUUGGAUUCCUGGAUUCUUCUGUUGCUGUGCAAGAUUUUUCUUUGAACCUUUGGGGCAUAGUCGACCUGUGUAUAAACAAGGGGCAAGGGUGUUUAUCAUGCUUUGUCCACUGUGAUGAGUUAAACAAAAAACAAAAACAAAAAAAAGGUUGAGAAUGCCUGAGGGCUGCUAGGAUGUCAACAAGGCUGUGCAUGCUUUAAGCAGGGGAGCCCUGGCUUCCAGCAACAGAAGGCUGAGCAUUUAAAGCACAUUCCUCUCACCCCCCAAGGAGUCCUGGGAACUGUAGCUUGUUAAGGGUGCUGGGAAUUGUAGCUUGGUAGCCAUGAGCUUUAAAUGUGCAUGGUUGCAGGGCUUGUGUGACUGUCUGACGAGCAGCAAUUAAACAGGUGGUGCUCCCUUGGUGUGGAAAUGUAAAAGCAGAGGAACUCUGCCAUUGGGGUGGGGGUGGGGAAUAGAAGUGAGGAUUUUGUUUUCCUCCUGGCAAGACUCCCAUGCUUCUACAUUAUUUUUGCUAGCAGGAGUUCUGGAGUUGGGACAGGACUGAGCAGCUCUAGCGAAUUUUGGUGUUGGAAUUUGGUUUGUAAUUUAGGGUGUCGUUACGGUUUUGGGUCCCCCGCCCAAACAUGAAGUGCAUUACUGUUUUAAAACCCAGGUCUGCAUCCCCCACCCCAUUUCUUGCAUUUGUGGUUUUGUAAGCUGAUGAUCUGACCCACUCACAUCUCCCUAGAAUGAUGAGAGCUGUGGGGGUUUUAUGGUCGCUUACACAACGUAUCUUUAAAGCACGUGGCUCACCCCUCCCCUCAAGAUGUAAUUUAUUAAUGGUGCUGAGAACUGUAACUCUCAGGGGGAAACUACAGUUCUCAGGAAUCUUGGGCGAGGGAAGAAUAUGCUAUAAAUGUGCUUUAAAUGUAUGGUGUGUGCAUAGCCUUUUGUACAUGGCGAUAGUUUGCCUAGAAUACCAAGGAAAUGCAGGCCAGUCCUAUCAUGAGGCAGAAUGAGGCGGCCACCUCAGGCAGCAGGUGCUGAGGGUCAAGGGGCAGUGGUGAAGUGUUGGAGAUUGAAGCUGUGUGUGCCACUCAGCCUGUCCUGCACUCCUUAAGGUAGAGGACACCAUCGCAUGGACCGGACUGCCCAUUUGGCUACUGUGCAUGAAGUGUAUGUCUGUGUGUGCACCAUCUUGUCCUUUGCCUCAGGCAGCAAAAUGUCUUGGAUCAGCCCCAGAGAUGCCAAGUUGCUCCCAAGAUUGAGGGGCCCGGCGCAUGCCGUGUGCAUGUGACAUCACAUGUUCAACACUCGUGUGUGAUGUCACAUGUAUCACACUUUGCAUGCAUGUGACAUCCCGCAUACAAUGCAUGUGCGAUGUCAUAUCAUCUGGAGGAGGCCGAGCGCUCUGGAGGAGCCAGCCACCAAAGCUGUGCUACACUCGGCUCCGCGCUCAGCCUCCUCCACACUGAGGGGAGCCGAAGGGGCAUGAGUUGGUAUGAGGGGGAGCUCAAUUGAUCAAGUAUUCAGAGAAUUCGGCCGGGAAACUUCAUGUGACACUGCAUGUGACAAGGUAGGCAGCCUUGACUUGAACUUCACCACAGCUCUGACCUCACUAAGGUAUUUGGCCUUAGCUACUCCUAGUAAAAGUUGGUGCUGGAAUUCCACUGUUCCUUCUUGCCUGGCGGAGGGGGAAAGUCCCUCUUGACUGUCUCUGCUUCUGGGCACAAAUAAGCAAAGUAGCUUCACAUGUCUUGUGACAGCUACCCCUCAGGAGGGGAAAUGUUGUCACUCUGUUACUCUGCCUGGUCCCAUUUGAUGCAUGGCAGGUUGCAGCCACAUUACCUGACUUACAUUCCUAGGACGGGUGUGUGUGUGUGUGUGUGUGUGUGUGUGUGUGUGUGACACCCACCCUUACCUGUUGCUACCAGGAAUCUGUCUCUUUGGUUUCUCAUGUGAGGGGUGCUGGGGGAGUGUCUUUUGGGUGAUUGGAGGGAAAAUGGCAGGAAAUAACCCAUAAGUGCAGCCUGGCAACAUAUUUAUCAAUUUUUCUUCUCACAGCUGCAUUCUUCUCUCAUUCAAAACAGCCCCCCCCUUUAAAAAAAAAGAUGUUUUGAUAAUCUGUCUGUAUGGUGCUGCUGGCAAAGCGCUAUGUACAGUUCAUGUGCAGCCUCACUACUUACAAUGCAUGCAUCGUAAGUAGCAAUGCCACACAUGCACCCUACGUAGCUUGCCCCCCGCCCCAGGUGUCACGACGCCUUCGUUCGCCCCUGCCUUGGAUUCUACCUUUACCAAUUCCAUGUUGGCCUUCUUGUGUGGAGAUUAAGGCCAUUAAAGCACCCAUCCUAUGGAUACGCUCUUGAGAGUAAACUCCAGUGAAUGCCAUGUGACUUCCUUUUGAAGAAGUGUGAAAUAGCAUUUCACUGCACAAUUUGUCUCAAUGUCUGAUGACGCAAUCCUUAUGUUUAUUACAGGACAGCACACAUUUGUAUCGGUGGUGUCACUGAUGACUGUGCUUUGCAGUUUGAGUCAGGGAUGCCCCACUGAGGCCGGACCGACAUGUGCAGAGGAGCUGCCCAAUGCCAUCUCCAUUAUCAGUCGCUUGAAGAAAUGCCUGAGGGAUCUUUACAAGACCUUAGUGGUAUGUACGAGAAUGAAUUUUAUCGAUUUGUAUUGUUUAAUUGUUAUCUGUUUUUUUUCCUUCUUUUCUUCUUUUUUUUUUGUAAUCUUAAAAUUCUCAAUAAAUAUCAUUUUAAAAAAGAGAGAGAGAAUGAAUCACCUGCUUUCUGUGUCACUUCUUUCCUUUCUCUCUCCAAAGGACCUUUCCUUCCACUCGGCUAAGAGUAGAAUUUAGUAGAGCCAUUCCAGAUGUUGAAAAUUGUGGGGCCAGCAAAGAAAUGUGCUUUGGUAAACUGGACCAGCUCAGCCAUGAGUUACUGGCAUUGUUGGCAAAUGUUGAGGGCUAGGGUGUCAGCUGAAAUAGAUCCAAAUAUUUUGGUUCGACUGGAAUCGCUGACUAAAAUUACGUACAAUCUAACGUUUAGUUGGCUUAAUGCUGCUGGCCAUGCACUCCUGUGUUUUUGAGCAGCAGGCAGUGUCCUAUGUGGUGCACAUGACUUCCAGGGCAGGAUCAGUACCAAUUUGUCCUACAUUUCAGCAGCAGCAGCAGCAGCAGCAUCUAGAUACUAAGAAUGAUCUCAGGUUUUUGAGUCGUCAUGCAUAAGUAGCCAAAACAUCCACGCACAAGAGGGAGGUAUCAACAGCCCCAUGUUUUGCAGAAGUAAAAAUAAUAAUAUUUCGGGGAGUAAAUUAAGGGGGUUUAACCUUCCUCCAAAUGGCUAAGUGAGGACUGAACAUGCUCAGUUAGUAUGGAAUCCUGGCUAUUGAGUUGGGGGGGGUACAAAAUACUUAGUGGGAAUAGGAAUGGCUUGGAGUGGUUGGAACCUUGAACAGAAGCAUGUCACACAGCAACAUUUUGUUGUAGGUCUCCCUUGUCCCUGAUUUCCAGUAAACAAAGUCCUGCUUAUUCUCACAUUCUGCAGUCAUUAGGACAUCAGCAAUGGAAGGUCAGGCGUGAUCUGAAGCAUGUGGGACUUGCUUCCAAGUGAAUGUGUUCAGGAUUGGACUGACAGCCUUUAAGCUUCGUACCUCGACCUUCCCACUACAAUCUUGUGUGAUGGGCCAUUAUUUCCCCACUCGUACAAUUCAUAGCCUUGGAAGGAAACAAGAGGUUAUUGGGUUCAGUCCUCUUUCACAACUCCCAUCUGUUUCCACCUCCAACCUAUCAAUCUGUAGAAUCUACAGUGAGUUAUUUUGGAGAACAAAUAGCUCCACUUCAGAUGAUUCAAAAGAAAAACACAAACCACAAGCUGCAAAGGAUGGCAGUUCUGCUACCCUAGUGAACAUUCCUUCUUGACUCUACUAGAGAUGAUGAAUCAGAUCCUAAAUAUAAGUAAAGUCCCUUCACCCUUAUUGCAUUUGUGGGAUGGUGACUCCUUUAACACCCUUAUUGAGUCUACAGGUGAAUUGUUGAGUCCAGGCCACAGGCAACUCUGCUGACAGGACUGCACUGGCUCUCAACAUUUUACUAAAGUUUGUGUGUGGGGGGAAAUAGGAAUACUAAGUUGCAAUAAAACCUUUCAGCUGUUUCAGCAGAAGAGGGGAAGCACACCAAAUUUCAUAAAAGUAGAAAUAGUUUCAAAUGCUUGAAAGACAAAUAAUAUAUAACUUAUUUUUCACAAUUAAAAUUGGUUCGUGCCAGUUCCGGAAUCCAAGUUUUGUUUUGUUUUUCAAAUUUGCAGGAUGAUGGUUAUGGAGGCAGAGAGCUCAGAGGACCUGUAUGCCUCCUGAGAAACAAUGGCAUUGUGGCCCAGCCCACCGACCUGGUAAGGAGCCAUUUGGCAAGAGGAAGAGUGGGCCCAGUAUCUGUGUGUAGGGCAGGAAUGGGCAAAUCUGACAAUUUUGGUUUCUCCUACUGUUUCAUUAUAUUAUUUCAGUGUUAUGUUCAGUUCUCCACAUUUCCACAUCAAUUUGCAAUUUCUUUUUAAACAACUUUGCCUAAUAUACAAUUUUUUGCAAAGCAGUACAAUGGUACCUCGGGUUAAGUACUUAAUUCAUUCCUGAGGUCCGUUCUUAACCUGAAACUGUUCUUAACCUGAAGCACCACUUUAGCUAAUGGGGCCUCCUGCUGCCACUGCGCCGCCGGAGCCCGAUUUUUGUUCUUAUCCUGAAGCAAAGUUCUUAACCUGAAGCACUAUUUCUGUGUUAGCAGAGUGUGUAACCUGAAGCGUAUGUAACCUGAAGCGUAUGUACCACUGUAUAUAUUUCAAAGCAGAUGGAGGAAAGUUUUCCUCCCUCUCUCAUAGCACUAGAAUGCAUGACAUCCAAAUAAGCUGAAUGUUGGAAAAUUUAGGACAGAUAAAAUAAAGUAAUUCUUCAUAAAGCAUAUAGUUAAAUUUUGGAACUUCCUCACCCGGGAGGCAGUGAUGGCCCCCCAAUCUGGAUGGUUUUAAGAGAGGAUAAGGCAGAUUCAUGGAGGUUAAGGCUAUCAGUGGCUACUAACCAUGAUGGCUCUUCUCUGCCUCCUCAGUUGGAGGUAGCGAUGGUUCUGAAUACCAGGGAAAAUGUUCUUGCGCUCAGAGCCUGCUUGUACAUUUCCCACGGGCAUCUAGUUGGCCACUGUGAGAGCAGGAUGCUGGACUAGAUGGGCUCAGGACAAAUUUUAGGGACGCCAGUUUCAACAGGAGGUAGGAAUUUGGUAGUUUCAUAGAAAAGAAAAUCUGAAUGGGUGUUGCAUGUUUUGUCCUGUUGUGGAGGCAAAAAACAUACCCGAACGCCUUGGUACUCAGACAUUUUGGCUCCUGAACACCGCAAACCCAGAAGUGAGUGUCCUGGUUUGUGAAUGUUCUUUGGAACCCAAAUGUCUUAUGGGGCUUCCAUGGCUUCUGAUUGGCUUCAGGAGCUUCCUGCAGCCAAUCGGAAGCCGUGCUUUGGUUUCUGAACCUUUUGGAAGUCGAACGGACUUCCGGAACAGAUUGCCUUCAACUUCCAAGGUACGACUGUACUUUCCAAAACUCUGUCUUCUACACCUCUGUUAACAGCACGGUAUCUCAGCCCUGUCCUGAAUCUGAGAGUUCUAACAAACCAUGAAUACUGCACAUAACAUUUCCAAAAUACAGUCUGGCCAUCUUUGCACGUUUUACACAGAGCUGCUUAAAUAGACUACUCAGUAAAGGUGUUUAUCUUUCUUGUGUGACAGGGCACCAUUGACACGAGACUGUGUCAGUACACAAAGUGCUUCCAGCAUUAUGCAGGCAUCAUCAGACCAAUUGGCAGACUGAGACCCAACAUCCAUAGGCAAACUGAAUAUUGCCAGAAGUACCUCAACCAGCUGGAAAACACUGUCAAGAAAAUGAAGGUAAAAGAGCCGCUCCUUCCGGGCUUGCUUGUAAAACAAGCAUUCCACAGUUGUUAUGUGAUGCUCCCAGGAUAACAACCUGUAGUUACAUUAAACAUCCCAGUCCAGGCUGUUUCCUCCACAGACAGAUGCGGAUGAUCAAGAGUUGGGCAGGCUUCCUAUGUUUCUCUGUGGGACUGGGAAUGCCACCCCGUUGUAUUGCAACUCCCCCCCCCUUUUCCUGGCAAAUGUGACAGGAGUAUCUUUCCCCAGCAAGAAUACAAAGUAAUGGAGGAAAUUCCUACUGAAUUUCUGCCUUUUAGCUGUUAAUUGGACUAGAGUUCUGCCUGAAAAAGGAUGGACCCCCCCAUUUGCCCAUUACCGUCGUCCUGAAAAGAGAAACCUACUUUUGGGUGCUAAGUGAUCCUUUAAACUUGUAAAUGUUACAGGUGCACAUAAUGGAAAUCUUCAAUAUUCAGAUUUUUGAUAUAUAUAUUUUUAAAAAAGAAUCAUGUGGUUUAUGAGACCAUUAAUCUGAUUGCGAGACCCAACAGUCCCAUAUGUGGAGCAUAGGAGCCAACUCCUAGCGGCCGAGGUCCCAUCGCUCCCUCCAAUAAAAUAUUUGAGGGGUUUCCCCCAAAAAGUUAAUGAACAUUACCAUUCAAAUGGCGCACCGUGUCUUGUGAUCGAUUAUGCUGGGCAGGGCUUACAUGGACCCCCCCAUUUAUUUUAGUUGGCAUUCCUGAUGUGGAAUGCUCUCCUCCUUCAGUUGCAUGUGCCAUUGCAUGUGCUGAACAUGCUGCAUUUGUAUGGUUGUGCUUUGACAUUUGACUCAGGUUAUUUGUGCUUUUUAUUUCCAGCUGCUGCCCACAGCCCCAUGUUCUGCUGAUUCCUGCAGAAUCUCCUGGACUUUCACUGAUCAAUGGGACGAGCUCACUAAAGGAACCCGCCUCGCCCAGGAGCUGCUGGAGUAUUUGGAGCACCUCAAAUUUUCCUGCAGCUGAGAUGACAAGUGCGCGUUCAUGUGCCUACUCCGAACCAUGGACUGAGUAGGUACAUCAUGAUUGCCUCAGCCUCCAUAUGUAUGAUUUGACCUUCGUUCAGAAGGUGGGAUGUAGUGAUGCCGU